CGCCUUCAAAACGCUUAUCACAGCAACCUUUGGAUGCAAGACUGAAACGCAACAGGCACGAGCUAUUUCCAUUUCGGGCUAAAUGUUGCUAUUGUUGGCGACCUUGCACCUCCUGUAGUGUUAGUACAAACCGACGAUUAUAAACAGAAUUGUGCAAACAACAACAAAAAAGUAAAUCACAUCACCGUUGACAAGAAUCACUCAAUUUGGAAAACACAUCAGAUGCUUCACAACAAAGAAAGUCUCUUUCAGGGCAUGGAAAAAUUGAACUUUUAAAAUAUGAAUAUUCUAUUUAUUUGCAGCGAGAAAUGGUAGCGAAUCAUAGUAAGUUACCCAAAAUAAUCCAUCAUCCGCUAGUGUCGAAGGCAGCGUGCCGCUUGCGAAGAAAAAAAAUCCCUAUCCUAUCCGUUUCCUCCGAGAGAGCCCAUUUCCUCUGGAAAUUUAGAGCGUUGGCUCCUUCGGCUUUGGGUGACGAAGGGUUCGCCCUCCCCUUUGUGUUCCAGAGGCACCGUUUCCCAACUCCAAAUGAAGAAAUGUGGAACUCCCAAGUCGGACGGCCCCCUUUCGCUCUCUCAGUUGCUGUCGGCAGUUGCAGAGACAGACGUUCGCUCGGUGUGCGAGGUUUAUUUUUAGCGAGCGUCUGGGAAACUACCGUACGUGAUUUUCCAAGCGCACUUAAAAUGUGCCAUUUAAUAGCUAGAUAGAAAAAAAAACAAGAAGUCGUCUCCGGACGACUAUUUUUUACUUGGUUCUUUAAAUAUAAAGAGGUUUCGACGUGGCAUGCCAUAGUAUAUUGCUAAAUCUAACUUCAACACAAAUAAACUUUACAUAAAUGGCCGUUUUCACUCGCAUAGCUGGGCGGAUUUGACGAAGAAGUACCAGUUCCAGAACCGGAUUUACUUCAUCACCAUCCAGUAACACAAAUAUAGCCGCUUAAUGAAACAGAGGCGGGCGUAAUCUUGCUGUAUCCAUCUGGGGCUUCUACCUCGGAUUACAUCGCCUGAAUUGAGGAUGGAGAGCUCAUCCCGCUAACCCUUCUUCGGGAUAGCGGACAUCUCCGGGUGUGCGUGGCGGAGCGGGACUCUCCCCGUGUUCGGCCUGUGCGAACUUCAGCUCCAGGUAAAAUGGGGUGCGGGUUGAGGAAACUGGAAGAUCCCGAAGACAGCAGUCCCGGGAAAAUCUACUCCACCCUGAAGAGGCCGCAGGUGGAGACGAAGACCGACACAGUGUACGAGUAUGUUCUGCUGGACUUCAGUUUAGAAGGUAGUCGCCCCACGGUGCAGUGCCUGUCCUCUCUGUGUGACCUCCCCCAGGCCCUGCAGCCCUACUACACGCAGGGCUACGUCCUGGCCGCGCUCCAUCCCAUAAUCCUCUCUGUGGGGCGAACGCGAGCGCUGCCCGUCAGCCUGCUGUACCGCGCCAUCCUGACCCGGCCCCGCCCCAGUAACAGGUCUGUACAGGCAUGGUGUAACAGUGGCACGGUGACGCGUCAGUAAUCCCCGCCCCCCCCCCCAUCUCUCUCGCCCCCCCAGGUGAACAGCAGUGCGAGGGGGGGUGUGAGGUUCGUGGGCUCCGUCCUCCAGCAGGUGGGUGGAGGGUCCCACAGCUGCAACGGGAGGGGUCCCAGCCCCAGGCGGGGGUGUCGGUCCCCUCCCCGGACUCCGCCCCGAACUCCGCCCCGGACCCCGCCCGGAGACGGGGACCCAGAGGAGACGGGCUACAGCCCCGACCUGGUGCUGCUGGUGUUCUUCCACUCCUGGGCUCCGGGCUGCACCCCCCUCGAGUCCCUCGCCUGCUGCUACCACCAGGGGGCGCUGUCCAUGCGGGUGUCGCGCAAGGGCCAGGUCGUCAGCGCGCUGGAGGCGGAUUGGCUGGAGCUCACCGCCUCGUACUACCGGAAGGGCUGGUCAUUGGUGGACUCCUUCGUGUACUGGGACACGCCCAAAGGGGAGCCGGUGCCCAGGUCUCUGGAGGGUCUGUUUGUGUACGAGGAGCGCAACCCUCCCCCCCCGGCCAACGACACCAUCGUGGUGGAGCAGUGGACCGUCAUCGAGGGUUCGGAUGUGAAGACGGACUACGGGCCCCUCCUCCACACACUGGCCGAGUUCGGCUGGCUGCUCACCUGUGUGUUACCCACACCUAUCAUCCGCCAUGACAGUGAGGGCAAUUUGGCCACCAAGCAGGUGGUGUUCCUGCAGAGGCCGGUCAGAGGUGAAGCAGCAUCGCAGCGGAACCAGGCGGUAGCGGGACCGUCCCGCAGCGAGGUGUCCAGUCGCUCCGUGAGUCGGGGGGUGGGCGUGGCCUCCGCCCCCCCGGAGGACCUGACCCCGUGCGCGGGGGGAAUAGGAGGGUUCCCCGUCUUCGGCGGGGGCUACCCCAGCGCCCUGUCCCACCUGGAGGACGGGGGCUUCGAGCAGGACGACGGGGCGGCGGAGGUCACCUGCAUGUGACCCCGCGGGGGACGCGGACGCGCACGCGUCGCACGCCCGAACGAGCACGCGCUCCCUCUCCCAUCCCCUCCCCAUAGAGAGCUUAGAUUCGCCCCAGAACUCUCGCCACUUUUCUUCCUUUAUGAAGCCAUACUCACCCCUGAGAAAAGGCCAAAGGCCUUAAAUAUAUAAAUACCCCCGUCAGGAGGACAGUGCUAAAAUAAUAACCCUCUCACAGUGAUGUUUUGGCCUAGCAGCGCACUUUUUGGUGAAAGCUCCAUACUCAGACAGACUGGGUUUGCAGGGGUACCGUACCUCUCUGACACACAUUUGACACUCUGCUCCUGUAGCUCUGACUCCGCUCGCAGGCCGUCUCUGAUGUAUGGGGCUCAGACGGUUUGAUCUGGUGGCGCCUUGUCUGUGAGCUCUCAGCAGUGAAGCAGGAAGUGAACGAUGGUGGUGGUGGCAGGGGUGGGGGGCCGGGGGGGUGCGGGUUAAGGGUUAGGGCAGAUGUGUUAGGGGUUUGAGGCGAUACGGGUGUUACCAGGACAACAAAAUACACUGACCGCACCUUUCCUAACCUCAACAGUAACCCUCAGUGUUUUUUUUUUUUUUUUUGUAUUUGUUUUGUGGUUCGAUUUUUUUCCCCGUUCCCACAGCCUGUUUCAGAACGGCCAUUUUCUAAGUUAUGAUUUCUGUUUUCUCUUCCUCAAGACACCAGGGCUGGCUCAGAGGGAGAUUUUUCUUUUUUUUUCUUUUUUUAAAUGCAGACCGUUUCAUCUGCUUCAACGAGCACCUUUUCAGUCCCAUAAACACGUAGCCGAAAGAAACAGGCAAUCAUGUGCCGACUUGUAGAUUGAACAAGCGUAACCUGCGUCACACGCUACUCAUUUUCUAUUGAAGUUUAUAUUAAACAGGGAGAGGCACAGUUCCUAGAAGGGCUAUCUUAUGUUUUCCCACAAGCCACUGCGUUCGUAUGCACGUUUAGAAAUCUAUGUAGGGAUGAUGAAAAUACCCACAAUGCACAGCAGGAGGAAUCAUUCCAAGCAUUUUCAGCUGGAGCAUCACAUAACUUUUCAGUCGUUCCAGAAAAUCUCAGAAUUGUAAAAAAGUGUAUUUCACACCCGAUUUCAUUGGAAGAAUCAAUGCCGUGGCAUCUAUGCUUUGUCCUGCGCUGUGUUUUUACUGUUUCGUUUUGCCGACGCACAGAGUAUAAGAGAGAGGAUGAGGUUGCUGUGCAAUGGUCGUCCUUUUUCCACAGAGCUGGGUUUUGGGGGGGGGGGGGGUCUUUUGUACGAGACCUCCCUGUUAAUAAAUCCACUUCAAUACUUUUUUUAUUUUUUAAAGGGAAUUUUUUAAAAUUCAAAACCAGCUUUGAAUUUAAAACAUUCUAAAUAUUUCUCAAUUUUUACUAAUUGCUGCAGUGUUGAAGCUUUUACCCUUUUCAAUACCCUUUUAUGCAUUUGAGUUACUAGCCAAGUGUAAUGUAGGUGUUUCUUUAUAUACCAUAAACCCAUCGUCGAAAAGUUUUAAAUGGCCUAACAAAUCAGUAUUAAUGACCUGAUGCAGUAUUGUGACAUUCUGGAGAAUUGUUGCCAGUGUAUUUUAUGCUUUUUGUUGGUGUUAAUAUCUCGUUUUUAAAUAAAGUUUCUUCCCAUUCAAUUUA